ACAAUCGAAACAAAUACAGCAUUAAUAUGAUGCAGCAUUGAUAUAAAACAUCAUAUUGCUAUCAUAUGACAAAUAUUCCAAUUUGCAUUCUAGUAAUCAAUGUAUAACAUAAUUCACACAAUGUUUGUGACCUACCGAGCCUGAAAUCUCUAUGAACUUUGCAAUUUACUUUGCAGUUGUAUUUUACAGUUCCUUUAUAGCCAUAUCAGUCCAACGGACACAAAUAAAAAACUAAAAGAAAAACCAGAAGAGGAAGUACCGAAAAUCUUCAAGAGUCUUGCUUACCCCUUCACCAUUCAUAAAACAUCAUUAUCCAAUGUUGGCUCACCUCACACAUGGCCAGUGCUCCUUGGUGCACUUCACUGGCUUAUGGAACUUGUCAAGUUGGCUCAAAAUGUUAAUGACACCAUCGACGAAUGUCUGUUUCCCAUGAAUGAUGAGGACAAGUUGUAUUUUGAUUACCUUGAGAAAGCGUACGAAGCGUUUAUUUACGGUCAAGACUUAGAUAAUCUGGAUGAUUACACAGAAGCACUAUAUGAAGAACUGAGAAACAAGAAUGCUCCACUUAUUGCUGAAAACGAAGAGCUGAGUCACGAAAACAAGCUACUGGAGGAAGAACUGGCGAGGCUUGAAAGUGAACCGUCAAAGCUUGAAGCAUUAGUGGAACAAAAGAGAACACUAGAGCUCGACAAGACUAAAUUCGAGACCUACAUCACUGAUCUCGAGAAGCAUCGUCUCAAACUUGAGGAAAGAAAAAUUCAGAACAAACAAAAAUUGAAUGAUCUCAGUAAGUGCAGUGUGGUGUCUUGAGGCAUCGCGCGAGUG